GUCAUUUAAUAACUAAAUGAUGCUUUCUGUAAACAGAUUAUUGUUGAGCAUUUUUGGAAGGAGUCUCCAGUGUAAAGGCAUUCUAACAAUCAGAGGUAGAACUGUAGCUUUACGUUUUCCACUCCGAGAAAGUCUUCAUUACUGUUUCUUGGUAACAAACUGCAUUUUUUCCACCACUUUUUCUUUCUUUCUUAUUAACUGCCCAGUUAAUAAGUGAGUGAACGUGUGUUUAUAGCUGCUAUAAUGCUAUAAAGGGAUAAUAGGAACUUGUGUUGUGGAUGUUCCACGACAUUAAAAGUAACUACAUGCGUCGUUCUAUAAAACGUACAAAUGUAAUUGGAAAAUAAUCAACUUCAGGAUGGUAAGAGGGGUGAACAUCCAGGCUAUAGUCAGCCAUUAUAUGGAAGCAUAUAUUUCACCGGGUGUCAAACUCAAAUGGAUUUAAGUGAAUUACUGAUCACCAUGUAUAUAUAUAUAUAUAAUAUCUGAGGUAAAAUUCAAUGAUUUACACUUAUUGUAUGAUUGUGGGGUGUUAAAUAUUAAGAUGAAAUAAUCUGAUAGUACAUCAAAAUAAUGGGAUUAUACCCCCAAAAUGAUUAGCUAUUAAGUCAAAAUAACAACAUAUUAUCUGGAAAUAAUAAGUUAUUAAGUUGGAAUGAUGAGAAAUUUAGUUGAAAUAAUGACAUUCAUCAGUUUCUUUACAACUUAAGACACAGUAAUAAUAGAAAAACAACUGUUGGGAGUAUAAACACUUCCCUCAGAUGUGUUGGCAAAUUCAGAUGUGUUUACUCGAACUUCUCAGGGUUCUUCCCUAUUGAAACCCAUCCACAUUGUGCCACAAUUUAUGAACUGCAGUAGACAAUUUUGACUUUGAGUCUAGAAAAUUUGAACACAAACACGUUAAACACUUUUUUUCCUGUACAAUACACCAUAGCAUAAUUUCCACUCUGCGUGCAAUGAUGCAGAGAUGAAUGUGGAUGAUGUGAUGAGUUAAAGCUUGUGAGAACAUAAUGUUCUUCACGGGAAGUACAGCUUCUGUCAGACCUUGUUCGCAAAUGUGAGUGAACUUAUGAUUAUUAACUCAAGUCAGCUAACAAGCUUUUCUUGAGUCUUUCUCUGCCAUGUGUCUAGUUAUUUAUACGGAUUUUGUACUGUAAUUUCUAAUGGCCACUAUUUAACCACCAAUAUUAUUAGGUGUGUAUAACUUAUAAAGGCAUGUUUGACGAGAUGCCAUUAUGUAGUCAAACAUCAAACUGUUUCAACAUCCACAGAGAAAUGUGACAUUGCAAUUCUUGUAAUCAUUACAUUGCUUGCAUGCAUGCAUGCACGCACACACACACACACACACACACGCACACACACACCUACAUACGCCCACACACACACACACAAGUGCAUACAUUCACACACACACAAACACUUUCAGUUGAGCCUGGAGUGUGCUGGAGCAGGAACCCUUGCACUGGAUACUUUCACUGGACGUCAUUAUAAUGGCUCAAAUCAACAGCAGUCCAGAGGUUUUAAUUAUCACAUCUCAUGAAGCGAAAGAAUUUGCCUACUCUCCGUACAGCAAGUUCAGAGUAGGAGCAGCUCUACUCACACACGAUGGAACAGUCUUUACCGGAUGUAAUGUAGAAAACGCUUGCCUCACUCUUGGUAUCUGUGCUGAGAGAGUUGCCAUCUCCAAAGCUGUGUCAGCAGGACAUCGAGAGUUCAAGGCCAUUGCUAUAGCCAGUGACAUGGAGGAUAAUUUUAUCUCACCAUGUGGUGGCUGCAGACAGUUUAUGAGGGAGUUCGGUCUGCAAUGGGAAGUUUAUUUGUCAAAACCAGACGGCUCUUUCAUAAAGAUGACUGUGAAGGACCUCCUUCCUGAGUCAUUUGGUCCUGAAGACUUGCUGAAGAAUAGCCAUUAGAUGAUCUGACCGAACAAAUAUGCUGGCAGUUGAAAAUGUUGACUGUAUAUAGGCUUAUAUAUUAUUAUAUUUAUAAGAUUAAUGCUUGCUGAAAUGUACAGACCUUGAUGUGACCGUUCAGUGGUACUAAAAUAAAGGAAAGAUUAUUUAA